UAAAGUUGUUCUUUCAUGAUUUUGUCCUGUCCCCCACCUCUACCUCCACAAAUUGAUACCUGUAGGGGUAACUUGCCAGUGCUGAAAAUUUUUAAAGCUGGAGAUACUAACCAGGAUGGACAGCUAGAUUUUGAAGAAUUUAUGCAGUAUCUUAAAGAUCAUGAGAAAAAGAUGAAACUGGCAUUUAAGAGCCUGGACAAAAACAAUGAUGGAAAAAUUGAAGCAUCAGAGGUUGUCCAGUCCCUCAAGAUACUGGGUAUAAGCAUUUCAGAAAAACAGGCAGAAAAGAUCCUGCAAAGUAUUGAUGCUGAUGGGACAAUGACAGUAGACUGGAAUGAGUGGAGAGACCAUUUUAUGUUUAACCCAGCUACAGACAUUGAGGAAAUAAUUCGAUAUUGGAAACAUUCCACUGUGUUGGAUAUAGGAGAUAGUUUGACUGUUCCAGAUGAGUUCACGGAGGAAGAGAAAAAGACUGGACAGUGGUGGAAACAGCUGUUGGCAGGAGGAGUGGCUGGUGCUGUCUCUCGAACGGGUACAGCGCCAUUAGAUCGCCUUAAAGUGAUGAUGCAGGUUCAUGGUUCAAAAUCAAACAAAAUGAAUAUAGCCAGUGGUUUUAAGCAAAUGUUGAAAGAAGGUGGUGUCCGAUCCCUCUGGAGGGGAAAUGGUGUAAAUGUUGUGAAAAUAGCUCCUGAAACAGCUAUUAAAUUCUGGGCUUAUGAACAGUAUAAGAAGAUACUCUCUAAGGAUGAUGGGAAGUUAGGCACCGUUGAAAGAUUUGUAUCUGGUUCUUUGGCUGGAGCAACAGCACAAACUUCUAUUUAUCCCAUGGAGGUUUUAAAGACCAGAUUGGCUGUGGGUAAAACAGGGCAAUAUUCUGGGAUGUUUGACUGUGCUAAGAAGAUCUUAAAAAGAGAAGGUGUAAAGGCCUUCUACAAAGGCUAUAUUCCUAAUAUUCUGGGUAUAAUUCCUUAUGCUGGCAUUGACCUUGCUGUUUAUGAGCUCUUAAAGAGUACAUGGCUAGAACACUAUGCAUCAAGCUCCGCUAACCCAGGUGUUUUUGUAUUGUUGGGGUGUGGUACUGUUUCCAGCACGUGUGGGCAGUUAGCCAGUUAUCCUCUUGCUCUUAUCAGAACACGCAUGCAGGCUAAAGCCUCAGUGGAAGGAGCUCCACAGCUAAACAUGGUCGGUCUCUUUCAAAGAAUUGUUGCUACGGAGGGAAUCCGAGGACUUUAUAGGGGCAUAGCCCCUAAUUUUAUGAAGGUGCUUCCAGCUGUCAGCAUCAGCUAUGUUGUAUACGAAAAAAUGAAGCAGAAUUUGGGAAUAGCAUGAAAUGAAGGAAAAAGGUGAGAUGCUUCUAAUGUUGGAAACACCAGAACAAAAAUGAUUUCUCAAGUAAUCUGCUCUCACAAUUGGAGACAGAUCUUUGUGGAGAGAUGCUGCAACUUCUACUUUUGUCCUGAAGUGGGAAGAAACUUUCUUAAAUUCUAGUUCACCAUUUCUAAACAGAUACCUAUAUUGCACUUUAAAAUGUCACUGCGUUUAAAAAAAAAAUCAAGAAACUAUCUUUAAAUCAGCAAUAUGUUUAUAUUUUCAGGAAAUCAUGUGUAUUUUACUCAUUGGCUUUCUUUUUUCUGUAUUUGUCUUCUCUAAAUGUGUAUUUGGCUUGGAUCAAACCAAAGGUAGGAGAAGUUUAUACUGCCUUGAUACUGAAUAUAUGAAAGUGACUUUUUGUUUUGUCAUGCUGCCUAUACUGAACCAAUUCACAGGCAACAUUUUGCACGCCUAGACGUAAGCACGUAUUGUUAUUUUUGAAGACUUAAUGUUAAGUUCAUAAGAAAUGGGAUCUUAGAUACAGAGAAGGAUGGAGUAACACAUUAAAAUGUAACCCAUCACCUUUAUCUUCAGGCUAACCUUUUUUUUGUUUUUAAAGAAUAAGAGCCUGGGAAACUGCUGUUCCAUGGUAUCAGAAUACCUCAAAUGGAUUUACACAAUAUUUUUGUAAUACAGUCAGUGAUUUUCAUAACUUGCUUCACUGGACCUGCUUUUCGUUGCACUUGCAAAUGUUAGCACUGUUAACCAUGACAAGCUUUGGGUUACAGCUGCACAUUUUAUAGGAUCUAUAAUAUACAGGAACAGAAAAAGCUUGGUUACUAGAUCCAUUCCAUAGAAGUGCAAGUUGCCGUUUAAAAACGGGGUGGAGGAUCCAGUAUUAAGCUGUUAGUGAUUGUAAUACAGCCAAUAGUGGAGCUCAUCAUAGCUGCCUUGGGGAGAGAAAUCUUUCUCAUUUUGGAGUCUCCAUUCUUUCCCUACUCGGAGGGCUACGGUCCACUAUGUGCUUUUAGCCAAUAGAGAAUUGCAUUAUUAUGUAAAGGUUUUACGGGUUUGUUAUGUGAGAUAAAUCCUCAUUCCCUCAGUCUUCUGUGCACACUGGCUGUGUGUGUGAAGUUCAGAUAGUAAAAUACUGAGGCAUUUUGUCCAAGUGACCAAAUGGGACUGCUGAUCUCAGGUGCCCAUCAGGUUGAUGUUAAUGAAGCAAGCAAAGCAUGCACACAGAACUUGUUAGUGCUUGAGAAACAGCUCCUCCUCAAAAACCAAAGAAGCACUUCCUCAAUGCAGAAAGUAGGUAUUUCCAUGUACAAGUACUUCCAAAGUUACUUCUUUUUUUGGGGGGUGGGGAAGCGUGCCACACUUCAGAUGCCUUCAGGCCUGAACACUGAAAUAGACUAACAAUUAUUGCCGAACUCAUUUUGUCACGCUUUUUCUGCUUUCUGCGAUGUGUGGUGUCUUAAUCUUUAUAAAUUCAAGAUUAUCUUUAUACUUAUUUUGACUUUCUAAAAGCAACUGCUCUUAGACCACUUCCUGAAAUUGGAUUACUGAAGGAAGGAAGAACUUUGUUCCUGUAAGGUCGUUAAGGGUCUGUUUUUUUCUUUUUCUUUUAAACAAACAAAUAAGCAAGCAAACUUGAAUAACUGCCUGAACCUCCCUUGUUCCACAUACUGUUUGGGCCAUGUUUUUCAAACAGCAAUCAGAUGUAAACCUGUGUUCAGUGCUUCCAUGGCCGAUGUUUAUUCUCCAUAAACUGAUAUAUAACAACUCCAUAAAAUUCAUAUUCUAAAAUGUUGUUUUAUCAGAUUUCAGAAAAUGGCAGCUUUAGCUGUGUCUUUUGGCCUUCCCUUUAGGGAAACCUUGGACUUCCCACUUUUUAAAAAAAACAAAAAGUCAUUCUAUCCAAAUCACCCAUAUGUACAAUGCCUUUCUGAUCUGAGUGUUUCUUGGUUUUGCCAACAUUCUUGUAUCUUUGUGGGAUUUGUGAGAUCAGUUCCCAAUCAUUUUGUUUGACUGUGACCAACGAGCAAAAGUAUUGUGUGUGUGUGAUGCGGAGAUGACUUUAGCAGUGUCUGUCUUCUAGACUUGCUCCAUUUUGUUUAUAGUGUGUAAGUGCCAUUAUGAGUAUUGAAAAUUACGGUAAUGAUGUUUUCAAAUGUUGAAAAGAUGGGGUCUUGCAAAUUUAAUUUUUCAUGAUGUGCCUUUAUGAUGACUGUGUUCAGUUGUGUAUUCUUUGUCUCUUAAAGGUAUGUUUACCUUUUUAGCUCUAUAAAACUUCCAGUUUCUAAUAAAUGUUUGUUUCCUUA